AUUUUCAUAGUUUCCCAGCUGGUCUUGACGCCCAGUAAGCACAAACGUGAAAUGAGGAACUAGCUAUGUUACUCCGCCCCCUUGGUAAGAAUUAAGCGGCAAGACGAGGUAAAGUUUGAGGCGACCGUUAGCUCCACAGUGUUAGCUAUCAACGGGGAAGUGCGGUGAAGGAACAUACCUCAGACGUAGUCGGACUAGUCCACAGUCAGGUACAAUGAGACAGAUAUUGCUGCUCGCCCUGCUUGCUGUUUUGUUCUCAGCUGUCUUCGCAAAGGGGGGGAGGAGACAGCAGAGGCAAGAUGUGCAGAAUGAUGUAGCUGAUGAUAUAGAAGAGGGUGGUGAGGAGGAGAGAGAAGAUGAAGAAGAGGAAAUUGAUCCAUAUGCCGAAGAAAAGAGGCUACGAAUGCGAAUUGACCUAUGCAAAAAGAAGAAGUGUUACCGCGGUGAAGUGUGUCGCCUCAACAACUGGCAGCAGGCUGAAUGUGUGUGUCUCACCGAUUGCGAGCCCGAGAUUGAUCCUCGUUAUCACGUUUGCAGCACAAAAAACCAGACCUACUUCAGCGAGUGUGAGCUGGAUCGCGAUCACUGUCUGUGUAAGAUGAAACAGCCCGGCUGCAGCAACGCCAGGCUCAACAAAAUACAACUCGAUUACUUUGGGGCCUGCCGAAAACUCACAAAGUGUCCCGACAAUGAAUUUGAGGAAUUCCCAAUAAGGAUGAAGGAAUGGUUGUUCCUCGUUAUGAAACAGCUGGCUUCCCGGGAUGAGCUCGGCGAAUAUAUUGACCUCCUGGACAAGGCCAAGAAUGAUGCCAACCACACAGAGGCCGUGCUCUGGAAGUUCUGUGACCUGGACUCCAGUCCUCAAGACAGACAAGUGUCUCGGAGGGAACUGCAAUACAUUGUUCAGUCUUUGAAGGCGUGGGAGCACUGCCUUGUUCCCUUCCUGGCCAUGUGCGAUCAAGACAGCAAUCGCAAGAUCACGCUUACAGAAUGGGGAGCUUGCCUCGGCGUUAACUCAAAGAACAUCUCGGACAGAUGCAUUGACAUCCGGGCACGGGCCAAGAGACACUAGAUGGAAUGAGUCCAAGCUGUGCAAAACCCCAUACAGCAUAACUGAAGAAAGCCAUACCGAUAAGGAACAUACGUUUUAAAAGAGUUGUAAUACACAAACAACAUACAUUAAUUUCAGGCACCAAAGGGCAAGGAAACGAAAACAAAUCACACUUUAUACUUAAUAAUAAUAAUUAAAUGUUUAAAGUUUAACAUUGCAUCUGCAAUAAUAAAGUAAUACAAAUAUUAGUAUCUCAGUCAUAUAGAGAUAUUUAAACACAAUAUCCAAUGUAAUUAGUUCAGAGAUUUACAUCUUUGAAAUUAUUUUCAUGAAAGUGAAAUUUUAAAUAAGAGAUCAAUAGCCUUAAUGUACUUACAAAAUAUAUAACAUGAGAUGGUCUGCUUUCUCGUUAACACUGGUGCUACUUCGGAGAAGACUGUAAUCACUGCCAAACAGAUUUUUGUUGAACUGCAAUAAAUCACAAGAUAACAUUGA